GAACAUCUUAACGAACACCUCUUUCUCUACCGGCUCUAGUUAGUUAUCCCUUUAUCCUGUGUAGAUAGAAAAAUGGCACACCUGUAUCUAAAAAAAGGGAUUCUGUUGUUUUUACUUGUGCUGCUUGUGUUCUCGAUUUCAUACACCUGGUAUGCCUUGAGAACUAAUGCAUGGCAUCCCGUCUUACUAUUAAAUUGCAAUGCUCAGAAAGAGAACAAAGAUGCCCGCACUGCCACAACAGCUGGUGUAAGCAGCCGUUACAGUGUGGACCAAAUAAAAGAAGCAGAACUUCUUCAACGAAUGUUGUAUGAGAAGCCCCGAGCUCUCAACCCCACGAGAACCGAUGUGGUGAUGAUGACACCGUGGCUUGCCCCUAUUAUGUGGAAUGGUACUUAUAACAUUGAUAUAUUGAAUGCCCAGUUCCACCAAAGAGGAGUCUGCAUUGGUCUUGCGAUGUUUGCCAUUAAAAAGUAUGUAGUGUUCCUUAAACAAUUCAUAGAAACGGCUGAAAAAUUCUUCAUGGUAGGACAUAAAGUCAACUAUUACAUACUCACUGAUCGUGUCGAGGAAGUACGCCAGUACAAUUUUACUCUUGGUGAAGGGAGACAGUUAUUUACCCUACAAUCUCCCACGUACAAAAGGUGGCAGGAUAUCUGCUUCAGACGCAUGGAGAUGAUUCGCAAUUAUACUCGUGACAGAUUCAUCAAUGAGGUUGACUACCUGGCUGUGGCGGAUAUUGACAUGCAGUUCAGUGACGAUGUUGGCGUAGAGAGCUUAAGUGAAUUGUUUGGGACCAUACAUCCUGGUUACUAUAACGCACCUCGACAGAGUUUUACGUAUGAACGGCGGCCACAGUCUAGAGCCUACAUUCCAUAUGAUGAGGGUGACUUUUAUUAUGCAGCAGGUUACUUUGGGGGCACAACAGAAGAAAUAUACAAACUGACCAAUUACUGCCAUAAUGGCAUAAUGGCGGACAGAGAGAAACAUAUUGAAGCUAUAUGGCAUGAAGAGAGUCAUUUAAACAAAUAUUUUAUUUAUUACAAACCGACAAAGCUCCUUUCACCUGAAUAUUUAUGGGACAACCGUAUGGGUAUCCCAGGAUUCCUUAAAAGACGAAGAUUUGUUGCUGUUCCAAAAAACCAUAAUGAAAUCCGGAACAAAAGAUCAAUCAAAGAAAAACAAGUAGCCAGUCAAAACGCUAAACAUUAAAAAAAAAAAAAAAAGGUUUCGCAACAUUCUGCAUUUUAUCCCUGACACCCUUGUCCCACCUCCCACAUUCUAAAAAAAAAAAACGUAUUAUUACUACAAAAAUUAUAGCUCUCUUUCUGUCCUUCUCUCCAAACUUUCAGUAUUCAAUAACCCUUUUCCAAUAUCACUGAAAAGUACAGAAAAGUUGUCUGGCAGUGAUAGUUCAGCUAUUGGCUUUCAGGAGUGAAAACCUGGUAACUAAAGUACAAGUCCCAGAAGUCCCUCCACUGAGCAGAACUCAAGUUGUGCACAGAUAGCUAAUCAUCCUCCCUACAUUGUAACUCUUGCAGCGCUAGGAUAAACAUGUUCAGAGUAUGUAGGCCACACUACUUCCUGUAGUAAGCAAAUUCAAGUCCAAUUUGUGGAGAUUUGCACAAACAGAAAGUACUGUAAAAGUAAGCAUUUUUGUUAUAUGUCAUUAUUUUGGAUUGGUGCUUUAGCAUAUUUUUAAUGGAUUGAAAUGUCCCUUUAAAGAACA